GCGUCGUCGCCAUUUUGUCGAGCUGCCUAUCUCGGGCGCCGCCAUGUUGGUGAGAAGAAAUCACCGUCACGGCCACUUUCCAAAUCCCUGUGUUCCUCCACGCCACCCGCUUGCUCCCAAGCCUCGGCCAGCAGCGGCGGAUAGAGACUAAAGCAGCAGCGCCAGCAGCGCCCGGCAGCGAGGGGGGCCAUUGCCCUGUGUUUGCAGUUAGAGCCCCAUCUUUCUGCUGUGAUUGUUAAUAGACUGGAAAAGUCUCUGUGUCUCUCUGUGUCGCUCACUAAGUAACCGUGAGUUUUUACCAAUUCAUCAUCUCUCACCACCGAGUCCCAGCGGCGGCCGAGAGCAGAGAAGAUGGUGAACUAGAAGAUGGUGAAAUAGAUGAUGCUGGAUUUGAAGAAAUACAAGAACAGCCAGAAACAAAAGGGAAUGACAAACAGAAAAGUGAGAGAGCCCACAGAAAAUCAAGAAAGAAGCGCAAGAAAGAAAAAGAAAAGAAAAAAUCAAAAAGGAGAAGACGCGAGAAACAUAAGCAUAAUUCUCCUUCUAGUGAUGAUAGUUCAGACUACAGCCUUGAUUCAGAUGUUGAACAUACAGAAAGGUCCCAUAAAAAAGGAUCUAGUUCCUACAGGGAUUAUGACUCAUCAUUUCUUCAGCAUGGACAUUUAUCAGGAAACUACAUGAUAUCACAGAAAAGUCAGCAUAAUAAAAAAUCAAAAAAUAAAGACUAUGAUGAUUAUAGUAACUACAGUGAUGACAACUUUGAUAACUAUAAUCAGGAAACAGAAGAAGACUUUGCUGAUCAUCUUAAACAAUACAGACAAGCUAAAGAAACCUCAAACCCUGCUUUAGGAUCACCAUUUCAUAAAGAAUCAGGGAAAAAACAGGGAAUGAAAGGAGUACAGCCAGUUGAUCAGAGGAGUAAAAGUUUUAGUGUUUGUCGUGGACGUGGCUUGCCAAAAAAACUAAAGCGCAAAGAGCGUGGCCGAGGGAGAGGCAGUAAAGGACCUAAUGCUUUCUCUGGAACAGAUGGCUUUCAAGAGGAUGGUAAACCUAUGAAAAAAUGGGUUAAUAUGAGUCAAGAAUUCAUAAACCAGCAUACAGUGGAACACAAAGGAAAACAGAUUUGUAAAUAUUUUCUUGAGGGGAGAUGUAUUAAGGGAGACCAAUGUAAAUUUGAUCAUGAUGCAGAACUGGAGAAAAAAAAGGAAAUCUGCAAAUUUUAUAUACAGGGAUAUUGUACCAAAGGAGAGAAUUGCAUUUAUAUGCAUAAUGAAUUUCCUUGCAAAUUUUAUCAUACGGGAGCAAAAUGUUACCUAGGAGAUAAGUGCAAAUUUUCCCAUGCUCCUCUCACUAAAGAAACAAAAGAACUUCUGGACAAACUUCUGAAUACUGAAGAAGAACCACAAAAUGAAGAUAAAAAAGACUUAGAAGACCUUAGAAGGCGUGGUAUUGCUCCUCUUCCUAAACCACCUCCAGGAGUUGGCCUUUUGCCUACCCCACCAGAGCAUUUUUCAUUUUCUGAAUCAGAAGACAAUUUUCAAGCAGAUCUUUCUGAUGAAUUUAAGAAAAUUCCAUCUCUCUUUGAAAUAGUUGUAAAACCUACUGUGGAUUUAGCACACAAGAUUGGGAAGAAGCCACCAGCAUUUUAUAAUAGUGCCUCACCACCAGGACCACAGUUUCAGGGAAACAACCCACAUCCUCAGCAUAUGUACAGUUCAGGGUCAAGUCCAGGUCCUGGUCCUAACAUGUCUCAGGGACACAAUGGUCCUGCAGUGCACCCAGGUUCCCCUGGACACCACCAGUGCACAGGUCCUCCUGGCCCACCAAUGCCACAUAGCCCACCAUUGCAACCUGGUCCACCUGGAUUUUUAGGGCCACACAAUCAAGCUGGAGGACCCAUUCAACCAGGCCCACCUUUAACACCACCUGGUAUGAGUGGUUCCUAUAAUUCUACAGGAGUGCAAGGACAUAUGAUGAACAUCACAAUAGAGAAUCACUGUUCUUCAGGUCCUUCCUACCAGCAAGGUCCCAGUGAAAUGCAGCUCAAUGCCAACUAUGAGUCCCUACAAAACUCAGCUGAAUUCUAUGAUAAUUACUAUUCACAUCAAGCUGUACAUAAUUUUCAGACAGCCAAUAACUCUGGUGAUGCAAUGUGGCAUGGUGAAUUUGCUGAACAUCAACCUCACCUGACUCAAGACUUACUAAACAGUGGAAGUGAGAAGGACUGCAUCAACACAUCAGGCCAUAAACCUGCUAUAAAUGUACCAGAUUUCCUUCCUGCAAUGCAGAAAGCCCUCUUUGUAAGACUUAGUCAGAAACAUCAAGAAGAUGGAGAACCAGUUGGUCACCAAUCUCAAAAAACAUUAAGCAGGGAAGAAGAUGAUAACGUUAACUGGUAUUCCAGUAGUGAAGAAGAAGAGGGAAGUAGUGUCAAAUCAAUAUUGAAAACUUUGCAGAAACAAACAGAGACUCUGAGGAAUCAACAACAACAUUCCACAGAACUUGGUACUCCGACUGAUCCAAGACUUGCUAAAGACAAAAAUACAGGAAACCAAGCUGUCGAUCCUAGACUUAGAGCUGUUCCAAGACAAAGUGCUAGAAAACCUUCUGAUUCUGCCCCUUUUGAUCCCAGACUUACGCGGGAUCCCAGGAAAUUAAAACUUAAUGAAAGUGGUCAUGCAAGCCCCUCUGUUAGUGGAGGAAAGUUUGAUUUACAACAUUCAAAUUCUGGAGUUAAAACUAAACAAAAAGGAGUUGAUGAUGAAGAAGAAGAAACAGAAAGAGAGCUGAGAGAAAAAGCUUUCCUAAUACCUUUGGAAUCUUUACCUGGUAUAACACUUCAAGAUCCAAGGUCACAGCUUAGACAGUUCAGUCAUAUUAAGAUGGAUAUUACCCUGACCAAACCAAACUUUGCAAAACACAUUAUAUGGGCUCCUGAAGACUUACUUCCAGUACCCUUACCUAAGCCUGACCCAGUUUCGUCAAUCAACUUACCUCUUCCUCCAUUGAUAGCUGACCAGAGGCUGAAUACGUUACGUAAUAUAAAUAGUGAUCUUCAUCAAAGUACAAUGCCAGCUGAUCCAAGAUUAGCAGCAAAAGCCAAAAAUAAUACUACAAGAAGUGCAUUCUUGGACCAACCUGGAGACACCCAUAGUCCAGGAAAUAAAUUGGGGGAUCCUAGGUUGCAAAAAAAUGUUGAUCCUAGACUUCAUAGGCUGUCCAGUACAGACUCUCAUCAUGGGAAUGCAAAGGAUCCUCAUCCGUCAAAAUUUGAUCCGCGUUUGGCCAGACCUAGUCCUGGUUCAUCACAGACCUCAGGGUCAGUAACUAAUAAAUCUGAGUCUGAUCCUCUUCCUCCAUAUGCUCCUAAACUAUCAGCUUCAACUGGUGUUCGACUAGGAACACCAAGCUCUAUUCUUAGUGGCAUUAGUUUGUAUGACCCAAGGGAACAUGGCUCAUUGUCUUUAUCAGAACCAACAUCACUUUCUUUAGGAGAAAAUGGAGAGAACCAGAAAAAAAUCAGUGGUUUGCAAAACAACAGCAAAAAUGAACCUUCUUCUUCAGAAGCUUUGCAGAAAACCACUCCAAAUUUGGAAAAGAUUACAGAUGGACCAGUUGACUCACAGUCAGAAAAACAGAAUAGUUCUGUUAAGAUUCAGGUUAAACCUGAGCCCCCACACUCCAGUACUGCACCAGCAGUGCAUAACCUUCCAAUCCAGGCUUUAACAGGAUUAAUAAGACCACAGUAUAGUGAUCCAAGACAGACAAGACAGCCAGGACAAGUGAAUCAAACACCAGAUAAUGAUCCCAAUGGAGAAUCAGAUGAUAAGUCCCUGAAGGAUGUUUUUAAGACUUUUGAUCCAACAGCUUCACCAUUUUGUUAGCAAUUGCUUUAUUAAAAAAAUUCUUUUUACUGUUGCGACUAUUGCAGUUCUCUGCUGUUUUGUAACUGGUUUACCUCUAUGCUUUAUUUAUUUUUAAAUUAUAAUUAUCAACACUUUUUCAGCUGCUAAUUCCAGAACCACAUGCAGUUAUAUGCUCUAGUGUUUGCAAAGAUGUGGUAUUUUCUACAUGUUUUUUCAAAUUCAGGGAGACUGUAAUAAUUGACACAUAGAAAUAGAUGUAUCACGUUAGAGCUGAUGAAAGCACUUUUCAUUGUAAAUAAAACAUCAUGAAUUCAACAUUCAACCUAUAUAUGUGCAAGCUGUCUUUCAUAAUCAUUGUUUAGACAAAGAAUUGCUACUUUUGUAUGAUGUAUAGUUUCAAGCAAUACAGUGUACAGUACUUUGAAAGAAAUAUUUCAGACUAAGAUCUUCUGAAUUUAUCAGGCCAAACCUGCUAACUGAAAUAUAAACAAAUGAAGUUAAAAAAUCUUAAUCCUCAUUUUUUAGAGCAAUUGAUGUUAAGUAAAUGACUUUUAUUCAUUCUGUCAGUACUUUUUUGUGUAAAGGAUAAUUAUAUCAUCUACUAAAGCAUUUAAAAUGUCAUAUCUUUUCAAAGUAUUUUCUGCUAUACUGUAUGUAAAAAUUGUGAAGUACAUAACUAAAAUGUUGUUAAACAGUGAGAAUACCUAAGUUCUUAUAUACUAAACUUUUUAUUUAAUUUUUCACAUAAAACAAUUAGUGCUAUAGGUUACAUUGUGGUGUUUAUGUAUUUCAAUGUAUUUUUGUAUUCAACAGCUUAAUUUGUAUUGCUUUUUUGUAUUGACGUUAUCGCAGUACUUGUAUUCAUCGUGUCUUCGGCAUUUUUAACUAAAUUUUAAAAGAUACAGUGAGAGUCUAUUAGUGACUAUUAAACUGAUAAUGUUGUAAAUGACCAGGUACCGUAUUUUUACUUCUAACUCUUGGAAAAUAGAAAAUACCUGAACUGAUCUUAUACAGAGAUUACUGAUAUAAUCAAUUGUACACAACUACCAGAGAGGAACCUCUUUUAAAUCUAGCCCUUUGGGCACUCUACCAUAAAAGGGACUAUCUUGUGUUUAAGUAUUUAAUGUUCUCAUGGUUUGUAAAUCUCCUAAAUUGAUUAGAAAUUGUAUUUUUAUAAAACCUUGUAUUCUUGUGUAUUUAUUAUAGUGUACAAAUAAUGACUAGCUUAUUCGUUUCAAACUUUGUCAUGCACAUACAGUUUAGAACUGAAAAUAAGUAUUACAUUGAUAUUCAUAUAUCCUGAGCUAAAGAUAUAUGAUAGUGUUUGCUGGUAGCAAAUGCAGUAGGUAACUUUGAGAGGAGCAUUUCAUUAUAAAACAUAAUGAAAGUAAAAUUUAAGAUUUAUAAACUUAGCCUAGAAAUUGGCCCUCAAAUUAAAAUGGUCAUUUUUACUAAGUAAUUUUUAAAAUUACGUGGCUAAUUGUUUCUGUGGGAACCUGUCACCUUUGUACCUAGGUACUCAGAUAAUAGCAUAAGGUUUAAGAUUAGUGCAUGUACACUCCUUACUUUUGUCCAUUACUUGUUAUUAUUUGACCUGAUUACAUUUUAUACUGAAACUGAGUUGUGGUUAGAAUAACAAAUGUAUGUCUAUUCCAUGAUAAGAAUUUUUUUUUUUAAAUGGGAGGAGCGGUACUAUGUCAUUAGGAUAUAAAUGUGAUUGCCUACUGAUUCUCUUUUGAUUGCUUGAUAGCCAUGGACAGCCCUUUCUUUCUUUUUUUUUAAUCAGUCUUUAAGCCACUGUAACAGUAGUCAUCUUUUACAAAUUCUGCUUUCCUAACUAAGGAAAAAAAUUGUCUGAUAAAAAACACUUAGUAGAGGGUGUAAGAUUUAUGUCAUAUAUAUUUUUAAUAUAUAUAUGUUUAUUUUUGGGUGAUUAAAAUUGAAUACUAGUUUUGCUAUAUUGAGCUUCAUGAAAAGCUUCUUGAAUUUUCAAAACUUUAAUCAUUUAAUAGCUAUAAUUAGCUCAUCCAUGUAUCUCAAGACUCCUCAUAAUACAUAUACAUUUUAAUAACAUAUAAAAAGAUAAAUAUAUCUGUCAUAUUUAAGAUAGAAUCCAAGCCAAUGGGCCUUGAUUCCCACCCCUUUGAAUAAUAAAAAGGACCUUUCUUCUACUAAAAAGUUAAAAACAGCAAGGGUUAAAAUUCAUGAACGUAGGUAAGGUUGCAUAAGUAGGAUUUUGGUUAUAGUUUAAAAUGCAAGUGAAUACAUUAUAUAAAGAAUGCUUUAAAUUUUCAGAUGCAAUUUUACAUGUAAUUGCAGCUUUAUUGAGAUUUACCUAAGAAAGAAAUUACUUUCUUAUACUGGCAUGUGAAAUACACUGGGCAACAUAGAUAAUUUUAAAGUAUUUUUGAUAUUGAUAUAAUUAUAAUGCAUAAAUUGUGUUUUGAGACAUUUUAAACAAAAUUAUAAAAAUACAAUGGGAGUCUAUUAGUGACUAUUAAACUGAUAAUGUUCUAAAAGAACAGGCACUAUAUUUUUUUAUUUACAACGCUGAUAAAAUAGACAAUGCCUAAACUAAUCUUAUACAGGGAUUAUGGAUAAAAGCUACCAGAAAAGAAAAUUGACUAUUCUUAUUUUUUGGUUUUAUACUCUGGUUGAGUGUUUUUAUUAAUAAUUAAGUCCCUUUAGGAAAGCAGAACUUAUAGGAUGUGAUGACUACUUUAACCUUUUUCUCUCACCAAAACUCAUAUGGAGCAAUAUUCUCUGAUGUAUUAGCCACUUUAUAGAGUUGAGGUAGAUAUUUAAGCCAUUAGUGCCCUGUAAAGCAAAUUAUGUCCUUCUUCAGCAAAUUGGACCCUUCUUCCUCAGCAUCCAUGAAAAUUCCAGAGGCAAUUAGGAAUAGGUUAUGACCUUGGGGAAAGUAUGAUUUAGAAGUUUCUCCAUCUAUACCACUUUCUGGCAUUUUUGUAGUUGCAAUAUGUCCUUUAGUUAGAUGGGCAUGGUUAGUUGUCUAUUAUGAUCAGGAUUCUGAACUGAGGAGGCAUAAGAAAUCAUAAUUUAUUUGAAGAUUGUACUUGCUCAAAUCUGAAUUGGCUAUUGCACCUCAAAUUUCUAUCUUUGGAGGAUUACCUGACUUUGAACUAGCCCCAAUUUGUUUGAAUAGAUUCCCAAAAACCAAGGUUUUAAUAUUUUAUUUAAAAUAUAAAAUUAAACCAAAUUUCAUGGAUAGAGAGUUAUGGUACCAAGUUUUCGGAAGACUUCCUUACAUUUAAUCUGUUUAGAACUUCAAGCUUUUCUUACUGUCGGUCUUUAUUUUGAGAGUAGAAGAACAUUUGAUUUGAAAAUAAAGAUUCAUUUAAUCCACCUUUUGAAAUUUUUUUAAGUGGUGUAGUAGUGUGGCACAUCAGGCUGAGAGUUUAAAAAUUAUGAAUUCAUGUAUUGGUUCUCAGUGUGUUUGCCCUAAACAUAUGAAUUUAUUUUAUGUCUGUUUCCUCAACUGUAAAAUGAGGAUAAUAUGGCUGCUCACAGAUGUUGGAGGAAAUAAUUAUUGUAAAGUAUUUUGUAAAUAGAAAAUUGCUUUAUAACCACUUCAUAAAAAUAAUCCAUCUAUACCUAUUGGGAUGAAUUAAGUUGUACAAUUUGGAAGGCAAUUUGUGAAGUUUCAGUGGGUAUGCUGAAAUUAUUUUAGAGCCUUCAUUCAUAUUUUGUAAAGGUCAUGACUGCAUAUAAUUUGCUUCAAAUAAUUUCAACAAGUACCAAUUUCCACAAUUCUAGUUUGUAUAAUUUAUGAACAGAAAAAAAUCCUUGCUCCAGGGUUUUCUUUGACUUUGUGUAUGUGUGUGUAUUAAAAAUGGAAAAUUUACACAAAUUUACAAAGCAUGAUAUUGAGUGGUGGGGUUUUUUAAUUGCUGUAAAAGGCUGCUUCUGUGUGGUGUGCUUGGUUAAUACAAAGUUUGUCUAAGGUAACAAACUCAAGCAUUGUAUUUUGCCUAUGGCUCUCAGAAACCAGCUUGUCCCAUUCUGUGCAGUACAUUACUUUCUGUGUUCAUGUGAAGCUUGUGAUAGUGCUAAGUAUUUCAGAAAGGUAAUGUCACUUAUAUCAGAUGCCUCUGCCAAAUGCAGUGAAAGCAAAAGCCACGGGUUGCUUAGAAAGUGGGAGAUUUCUUGGGAUGUGAUCUUGAGAUCUUGGGUAUGGUGAGAAAGGCCGGACUGCCCUGUGCAUGACUCAGGACUUUUGGCAAAACUUGUCUCUUUUCCCUGAGCCUUGUUAGUGAACUUAUACUCAGUUCUUCUCUUUGGAAAGGCAAGGACAGGCUCCUUAUUCAAGUGGUCUUCAAAGUAUCCUGUUUCUCUAGUAGUCUGCUUUUGUGAACUUUGCUGAAAUGUAGGUUUUCCAUGUUUUUGGCAGCUCUUUAUAGUCAUCUUGAUGGAAAUGAAAUUAAAGGUUUACCUGUUGAAUUUCUAGGCCACUAGUAAAGUGAUACCAGUUCAGAGAAAUCUUUGUGUCAUAAACAUCAUCCAUGUAUAGCAAAAAAGGCCUUUAAUUGAACAUUUUAAAAUUAUUUCUCUAAUGAGAGCCAAUGUCAUUAGAAUACCUUAAUCUUUUGAAAGAUUUAUAAUUUCAUCAGUGUCGAUUCUCCCUCCCCCAAAGCAGAUCCACCACCACCACAUUCUGUGAAAUUUUGUAGUUGAAAAUGUCAUCACUUGGUGGACACUUUUCUGGUGAUGAGCCUUGCUGCAUUUAGCCAGCCUGAUCCUCAGAUAUAUAUUAAAUUCAUUCAAUUGCCAAGCUCAUACUUAAAGCCUUUCUAGCUUUGUUUAGACCUGCCAGAGCUUAUGCUUGACUGGAAUAGCCUUUGAGAACUCAGGGUCCAUUCCAUGCCACAAUGAAUCAGCGGGGAGGAUUAUAGGAGGAUCCACUUUACUAUCCUACCGGUAGCUUAAUAUGCUUUGAAUGGAUCCUGAUGUUCACAAAACUCCAGUAAUAAACAUCAUACUUCUUAGCCUAUAAUAGUUAUUCCACAGCCUGAUUUUCCCUUUGGGCACUUUCUCCCUAAAAGGAUACACAGCUGAAAAAGGGCUUAUCAUCUUUCUGCUGCUUUUAAUGUUUAUGUAGGAUACUUUGUUUUUAAAAUAAGAAAAAAUGAAAAGCACAUUUGGAAUUAGAUUGCAAAUGGCUCAAGGACAGGAAACACAACUGCUGUAUUUUUUAUAUACCCCACAGGAACAAGCUUAAUACUGGGCAUAUAGUAGAUGUUUUUUAAGGUAACAUUUUAUCCAUAGUAGGGACAAUUAUUUUAUGGCAGCUAUAUACUCUUGAUUAUGUUCAAAUGCAAUGCUACUUGGUGAACUAUCUUUUCCAAUAAACACAGGGCACCUUCUUAAUCCCUACUUCCCCAAAAUAAAUAGCUUAAAUAGUGUAGGCCAUAGGAGUAAUUCAGUUUCAUCUCUAGUCUACUUUAUGGUACCCAUACACCUCAGAGAGUACCAGAAUACAUUAAGAUAAUCCCUAGAUGAUCAGGUAAAUCAAAGUAGAUAAAAAUAACUUUUUCUUAUUGAUCUUUUAAGGGGUUCUUGGUAUACAUUAAAAAGAACUGUAAUCAUAGAAAAGUAUUUAUUACAAAAAUACAUCCCUUGCCUUUCUUGGGUGAUUCCUCCAAAUUUUCUCAAGGAUUUAAGCCAGCAUCCUUUUAAAUUCCUAUCUUUCAGGAAGGAAAUUAAACAUAUGGAUUAACUCCUUGGUAGGUAGGUUAGCAGGUAGAAUAACAACAAUCAGCAUUCACAAAGACUAGUAAUUCUCCCUUUGAUGUUUUAAAAUUCAAAAUUCCUUUAUUAUUAUUUAGUUAUUUUCUAAUUUUAUCUUUUGUUUUAAUUUUGAAAUACCUUCUGACCAUCAUUGCUAUUUUUAGCAGAAUGCUUUUGUAUCAGAGAUAUAUGUGAAGAAAGUGUUGAUUUUCUUCUUGACCUCAAUGUGUUGUCAUUUCUUAGAAUAGGGUAUGAUAGCAUUAUUUGCCUUUUAGUCACUAGACAUUCAACUUGGCAUUUUUAAGGAAAACUAACAAGCUUGGCAUGUUAGUGACAAUUAAGUGGAUUGUCAGCCCCCAUGUUCCUCUCCCUGCUCACCAUUUGGGCAUUUCAUAAAUGGUUAACACUUCUAUCCAGAUAAAAAUUAAGAGGAGACGAAAUUUGCUUUUUAUUUUGCUCCAUUAUCAGUAGACAAAGUUUACUGUAAUAUAAUUAGAAGUCAGAUGUAGUAUUUUGCAUUAUCCAUGUACCUCUGCUACCAGCAAUAUCUGAGAAUUGGUUGUACAGUAUGUUGAAGCUUUUGGGUGGGAGGAGAGAAAACACAAAAUACACAUGAAAAAUAAGCUAAUACAGGAUAAGUAUUAUCAGAACUUUCAUUCAUCCUUAAUUUAUUAGCAUUUGCACUUAAAAUGCUUAAGAGGGAAGUCAUGUGACUUGAGAAAUUUGCUUUUCAAAUAAUGAAAUGGCAUUCCCUUUUAAGAGUGACAAUCAAAAAAAAGUCAUUCGAUAUGCCAAAUUGCCCUCGUUCUUAAUAUUUUUAUUCCUCCAAAAACUCUGAAAGGGCUUCGAUGUAAAAUUCCACAAUUGUGGAAGGUUUUUUCCCCCCUUGUUUUGAGGUGUCAUCUUUUCCAGGAUCCAAAUGUAUUAAUGCCAUUUGUUGCUUGGGGUAUAGUGGGUGGUUAAGACUCAUGCUAGGCUAUUUCUCUGACAGUUUCAUAAGUAUCAUUUUUUGCUAUGCAAACCCAAAUUGCUCCAAUUCAGUAUUAGGUAUUCCUGACAUUAAAUUCACUAUUUGGGUUGCCCAGACUAUGUAUCAAAUGCUGGACCCAUGUCAUCACACAUAUUUGUCUUUAGGGGCUUUUAUCUAUUGUGAUUUUUAUGAGCUGAUAACUUCUGGGUAUUCUGGAGCAAUUAUCAUUUGAAUUUGACCCUUCUUGACAUUGGUAACAGGCCAUUCUGCUACUUUUGACCUAACUGAAGGCAUAUUUAUUUGACUAAACCAGGGGAAACUUCUGUUUUCUCCUCAUUUACUGUUUCUAGAUUGCAUCUUGUUCUGUUCCAAGUUUCUGUAAUUUCUUCCUGUAACAUCUUUCCAUUGUCUGACUUGAAAUAAAGUUAUUUCUAAUCGCUCUCUUA